GCGGACACUUCCCGCGGAGGGACUGUCCCGUGGCAGCCGGCGGGCCGAGAGCGACGCGGAGGGCGGGGAGCGGCGGCGGCGAUGGACGACCACAGCCUGGACGAGUUCCGCCGGCGCUGGCAGGAGGAGCUGGCGCAGGCCCAGGCGCUCAGGAAGCGGCGGCGGCCCGAGACUGCAGAGCGGCGGCCGCGGCGGCCCGAAGUGGCUCUGGGGCGCGGCGAGCAGGCCUCGGGGUACCUGGCGCUGGCCCAGGGCCUCCUGGAGGGCGCGGGGCGGCCCCCGGCUCCGCGGGCGACCCGGGCCGAGAGGCAGGACGCGGCGAGCCGCUCCCGCUCCCCUCCGGCCCGCGAGGCCGCGGGGGGCGGGGAGCAGCUGGUGGACCAGCUCAUCCGAGACCUGAAUGAAAUGGAUGACGUGCCCUUCUUUGACAUCCAGCUGCCUUACGAACUGGCAAUCAACAUAUUUCAGUAUCUGGACAGGAAAGACCUGGGAAGGUGCGCACAGGUGAGCAAGACGUGGAAGGUGAUUGCCGAAGACGAAGUGCUUUGGUACCGGCUGUGCCGGCAGGAAGGGCACCUUCCCGAGAGCAGCAUCUCUGAUUACUCGUGCUGGAAGCUCAUCUUCCAAGAGUGCCGAGCCAAGGAACACGUGUUAAGAACCAACUGGAAGAAUCGCAAAGGCGCCGUGAGCGAACUGGAGCACGUUCCCGAUGCGGUUUUGUGUGACGUGCAUUCCCAUGACGGCGUUGUCAUUGCCGGAUAUACAUCAGGGGACGUAAGGGUGUGGGACACCCGCACCUGGGACUACACAGCCCCUUUCCUGGACUCAGAGUAUGAGGAGGACGAGCCUGGAAUGCAGCCAUAUGUCUCCUUUGUGAGGAUAAACAGCUCGCUGGCGGUAGCGGCUUAUGAGGAUGGGUUUCUUAAUAUCUGGGAUCUAAGGACCGGAAAGUAUCCCAUCCAUCGUUUUGAGCAUGACGCAAGAAUACAGGCACUAGCCCUCAGCCAGGAAGAUGCAACGGUUGCCACAGCUUCCGCUUUUGAUGUUGUAAUGUUGCGCCCCAACGACGAGGGCUACUGGCAAAUCGCGGCAGAGUUCGAAGUUCAGAAACUGGUUGACUACCUUGAAAUCGUUCCAGAUACCGGAAGGUAUCCUGUGGCAGUGGCCACAGCUGGAGAUCUGGUAUACCUGCUGAAAGCUGAAGACUCUGCCAGAACCCUCCAUUACGUCUAUGGCCAGCCGGUCACAUGUCUGGAUGUCUCAGCCAACCAGGCUGCUUUUGGUGUGAAGAGUCUGGGAUGGGUAUACGAAGGAAACAAGAUCCUGGUGUACAGCCUGGAGGCAGAGCGCUGCCUCUCGAAGCUGGGUAACGCGCUCGGGGAUUUCACUUGCGUCAACCUCAGAGACAGCCCCCCCAACCUCAUGGUCAGUGGCAACAUGGACAGGAGGGUGAGGAUCCACGACUUCCGCACUGACAAAAUCGCCCUGUCGCUCUCUGCCCACCAGCUGGGCGUCUCUGCAGUGCAGAUGGACGACUGGAAAAUCGUCAGUGGAGGCGAAGAAGGCCUGGUCUCGGUGUGGGAUUAUCGGAUGAACCAGAAGCUGUGGGAGGUGCAUUCCAGGCACCCCGUCCGCCACCUGUCCUUCAACAGCCACAGCCUCAUCACGGCCAACGUGCCCUACGAGAGGGUGGUGCGCAACACUGACCUGGACUUCACGGCCCACAGGAGGCACCGUGGGCUGAUCCACGCCUACGAGUUCGCGGUGGACCGGCUGGCCUUGCAGAGCACGCUGCCCGUCUGCCGUUCGUCCGCGGACCCCACGGCCGGCCACGGCUAUGCCCUCGCGCUCGCCUUCCCCCAGGACCGGAGUUAGGCGCGAGCCUCCCUGCGGCGCGGGGAGAAGAGCGGGAAGAACCACGCCUGCCGGAUUUGGAAACUCCCGGGGGGAAGAACACGACCCCCGGGUGCACUCGUCUGACCCCACACAUGCCUCAGCUGCCUUUGCCUUCCUCCGCUGCCUGUUCCUUUUUCUGUAGCUGCCUGUGGAAAGCGGGAGCCUGUCGCGGCUUGUCUCGUCUGUUUUCUGGGUGCUCUGGUCCUCCUCCGGGGCUUUCUCACUCACGCUGCACCUCCCCCGCCCUGGCCCCAUCCGGGGCCCUCUGUCCGGAUACCGUGGUCCAGGGCCCUGCUCACCUGCUGCCGCCAUCGUUCUGGUCUUCAAGCCCUUUCUCCAGGGGGAGGGGAGGUGCCUGAGCUGACACGGCCCCACCUCCCCUGGACCCGAGAGCACAUACUCACUCGGGCUGGUCCGUGAUGCCACCACCCUGCGUAGACUUGGGAUCACAGGCCUGUUUCCUCCUAGUUCUUAACCAUGAUUCAUAAUUAUAUAUUUAUACAAUUGCA